CCGAUCCAUAUUGGCACUCAGAGUUAAUUGGCACUCGGUCUCUGAUAUCUAUUAUCACGGUCCGUGUGCUGUGUUUGGUGGCAAGGUGAGUUGUUUCCCGGGCCGAAGAAAUUAGCGACUGUAGCACGGCGGUCUGGUACCCAGGCUAAUACGGAGAAGCCAUCGUCGGUCAGCCGAACUUGGAACAACCUCAGAGCUCCUCGCAGAUCAAAACAAGUCACAAAGAUGGCGAGCAAGUCGCAGCUCUUACGACAGGCGAAAAGUUUCGAGCUUCCAGAUCACGAGAAUCUGGGCCUGUCCAGUUACGUGCUCGGCCGGCGUCAGCACCAGCAGUUCACGGAGCGGGUCCAGAAGGAGAAGGAAGAGCUGGAGGAGGAGAAAUGGGAGGAGAAGAAGAUUCUGGAGAAGAAGAUCAAGCGUCUGGAGGGCCAGGUGGACCGGUACAAAAAGGACAUGAACGACGUGCAGAGCAAAAACGACGACUUGAUAGCAGAGAACAGAAAACUCGACAGAGAGCUGCGGUACGCCAACGAUCGUCUGUCGGAGCUUCAGAUGGAGAUGGACAAGAUGAAGGCUCACGUGACGUCACUGGAGACGUCCAACCGAACCCUCAAGACGCUCGCCAAGAAGUAAGGACGUCCUUCAAG